AUGAGCGCACGGCGGGCUCGUGUGCAAUAUGGGAAAACAUCAAAGAAGAUUCAUAGUCGCGUACGAGCGGAAACGUCUGUAACGGAUGAACAUACUUUAGAAAUAGAAGGUUCACAACCAAGUCGUGUGGCAGUUGUAGCAAAAUCUAAGCCUAUUGCAGAUGGGAACCAUAAAACCGAAUAUAUGGAGAAGGAAUCACGCGUCAAAGCUCCCCAUAAGAUCAAGACCGACCUUCCCGCAAUGACACUCAUUCAAGGUAUGUUGGCUCGCAACCUCUCCCCUGUGGUUGAGCGCUU